AUGGACCAUAACCCUUCUGGUAAUUCCGCCACCGCCGACGACGACUCCAAAAAAAACUCCUCGAGCGCCGCCGACGAAUCGGACCACGCCAGCAACGACAUGGGCACGGGGCGCUCCUACGAGUGCGUGUUCUGCAAGCGCGGGUUCACGACGGCUCAGGCCCUGGGCGGCCACAUGAACAUCCACCGCAAAGACCGAGUCAAGACCAAACCCUCGCCUCCCGCCGCCGCCUCCAACUCCGCCUCCACUCUCCGCCCCAACCCAGUCACCACGACCCAUCCCGCACCGCAUCACGCCCUUUCCAUGCCUUCGCCGGACUUCCGUGCCGUGGGCCCCACCUGGUGUCUGGGCCCCACAAUUGCCUCAGGCGAUGAAUUGUGCAAUCCGCAGGUUUUGAAUGCAUUCAAGGUGGCCGAGAAUUGGACCACCACCAUGAGCCUCUCCACGCGCUUGCCCGGCGCGUCCCACUCACAAAACAACGCAUCGGAACCCAAUGCCGAAGAAGAUGAACUUGAUUUGGAGCUCCGCCUCGGCCAUGAUCGGUAG